UACGUCUGUUACACCGGUGACUGUAGACCCAGAGGAAUCUGGUGUGUUUCUAUCCAAUAUAGAUGCCUCCUCUGACUCCUUGGUGGAUUUAGGAAAACAGGUCCUAGAACAAUUACAAAACAGACUGGAACAGGCUUGCCAGCAACAGCCGUUGGACCUUGACAAUGUGGAGUUUAUCACUACAAGUGCAAUGACUCUGAUACUCUCCCUUUCAGCUCAUCUAAACUUUCCACUAUAGGUACUUGAAGGUCUGGAACAGCUUAUUGCCCUCAUUCAAUCUGAAAUGGACAGGAGGCGGCCAGCUAUUAUAGUCGACAGGAUAGCUAGUGCACGGGGACGCCCCAGGCUGAGCAUUUCUAACGACCAUCUUCAAGACCUAAUUGAGAUGGACCUUUCUGUGUCUUGUAUCUCCAAGAUUCUUGGCGUGUCAGUGAAAACGAUCCACCGUAGAAUGAGAGAAUGGGGUCUUUCAAUAAGAGAUACCUACAGCUCAGUGUCAGAUGAUGAGCUUGACAGCUUGGUAUCAACAAUCAAGCAACAAUCAAGAAAUCUGGGUCACAGAAUAGUGAAAGGACGUCUGAGGGCACUGGGCCACAGAGUGCAGUGGACCAGAGUAUGGGACUCCAUGCACCGGGUAGACAGUGUAGGAAUACUUGAGAGAAUGGCAAAUCUUGGUUGCGUUGUCAGAAGGACAUACAGUGUUCCUGGUCCUCUGUCUCUUAUACACAUCGACACGAACCACAAGUUAAUCAGAUACGGGAUUGUAAUGUUUGGUGGUGUUGAUGGCUUUUCAAGAAAGAUCCUGUACCUGAACAUAGCAAACAACAACAAGGCAUCUACAGCUCUGGAGUUCUUCCUUAAAGCUGUAGAGAAUUAUGGCUGUCCAUCUCGUCAGUGA